AUGCUAAAUCAGCAUACAAGAUUAGCACGGGAUGAUGAACACCUGCAAUCAACACACAGUGAUGGCUCCUUGGAAGUAAGAAAUGAUGCAGCAAUUCCAGAUCAACUUUUAACUCCCUUACAACCGUAUACCAUUUUAUUGAAGGAUGGGGAGACAAUAGCUACGAUGUAUCCUAUACCUGCAUAUCCUGAUUUAUUACCGCUAGGACUUUUGAGUUUUCUUCUGGAUGAGUUUAACAUGGAAGUGGAGAAAGGUGAUAGUUUUCCUUAUUAUGAAACCUUAUCGCUAGAGGAAUUCAAAAAUGUCUGGUUCCAUAAUGAUGGCCAUGUUUGUAUCAUGGUGUUGGGUGAAAUACCAGAACUAGAUUACAGCAUAGAUACCGAGACUGAUGUGGAUGACAAUUAUGGAAAUGAUGUGGAAACAAUGAAACACACCACCCAAUAUAAGAAGCGAAAAGAACGUCGAAAUUUGAACCUUAGUAUACAAUGGGAAAAGCAAUGUCUAGGUAUAUUUGAUUUGAAGCCAGCAUAUCCCGGACGUUCAGCGCAUGUGGUCACAGGAACAUUUCUGGUCAACGCUGGUAUACGUGGCAAAGGCAUUGGAAAGACACUAGUGGAAACCUUUAUAGAAUGGUCAAAGAAGUUAGGUUUUACAUCAUCUUUUUUCCCAUUAAUAUACGGAACGAAUGUAGGAAUAAGAAGAAUCUUGGAAGGAUUGAACUUUAGGCGGAUCGGAAAACUGCCUGAAGCAGGAAUUCUCAAGGGGUUCGAUGUGCCAGUAGAUUCGUUCAUGUACGGUAAAGAGUUUACGCAUAUUACAAAGAGUAUAGAUUUACUACGAGAUCCUCAAAAAAGUAUUGAGAUUGGUAAAUACGAACGAUUAAAACAUUUCCUGGAAACUGGCAAAUAUCCUUUACAUUGUGACAGAAACGAAAAGGCCAGAUUAAGAGUACUUUCCAAGACGCAUUCCGUAUUGAACGGUAAGUUAAUGACCAAGGGGAAAGAAAUCAUUUAUGAUACGGAUCAACAAAUUCAGAUUGCAUUAGAGAUACACUUAGUAGAACAUUUGGGUAUCAAUAAAGUGACUUCCAAAAUCGGUGAAAAAUAUCAUUGGAGAGGAAUCAAGAAUACUGUUUCAGAGGUAAUCUCUCGGUGCCAAAAAUGCAAGAUGAGAUACAAAGAUGGGACGGGGGUGAUUAUUGAACAAAAAAGGGCGCUCAAGCAGGCCCAUAUGCUACCGACACAACACGUAGAAACAAUUAAUAAUAAGCCAAGAAAAAGCAAAAAGCAUGAUGAGACAUUAUUGGGGCAGUCAAUAAGUUUUCCACAAAAUCUGAUCUCUGGUACAUUAAAUGAUACAGAAGGUGAACCGACUCCUCCAGACACUAACAUUGUACAAUCUACGUUCCAAAACCCUGCUAACAGUCCCGUUACUACUACUGAAACCAAUCGAGCAGAUAGAAGAUCCGAAUAUCUUUCGUCAAUACAAAGCACACCUUUACUAGAUGACGAACAAUCAAUGAAUUCAUUUAAUAGAUUUGUGGAGGAAGAAAACUCUAGGAAAAGAAGGAAAUAUUUGGAUGUUGCUACUGAUGGAAUCGUGCCUCAUUUAGCAAGCAAUGGGUCGCAAGCACACACAAGGUCGGUCAAUGAUGGUGUACGGAAUAUCAGCAACACCGUUGCUGAUAUGGAUAGAAGUGAUCAUACCAUAAUGAACGAUGCUAUGCUGAGUCUCGAAGAUAAUGUCAUGGCUGCUUUGGAAAUGGUUCAAAAGGAGCAACAACAGAAAAUAGAACAUGGAGAUGAAGACGUAAGUAGUCAACGAAACGAUAUGAACGGCACCGAAGCCAGUGAUAGUACAGUUACUAGGAUAAUUAACGACGGAUCUAAUUCAUUUACAGAGCAUAAUUCGAAUAUUUAUUACUGA